UUUUGCGAGGGGGAGAAUCUGUUAUCAGACCAUGUGUUUGUUCAACGGCCUCAGAGAGAAGAGGGACCCACGCAUCAACGAUGGCUUUCUUGAGUACAAACAGCGACAAGCGUCUCGAGCUACUUAAAUAAUUAAAAGUUGAUGAAGUCUACUCCACUGGGAAUUUUUUAUUUGGUUUGAUCUUUGGUAGCGUUGAAGGAGGGGGUUUCGAUUUGUUAUUUUAGUCUUUAUAUAUUUAUGGUCGCCGGCGAUGCCCACUCCGGUUAGCGCUGCUAGGCAAUGCUUGACACCCGAGUCUGCGCACGCGCUUGACGAGGCUGUUGGCGUCGCACGCCGCCGUGGCCACGCUCAGACCACUUCUUUACAUGCCGUCUCGGCUUUCCUUGCGCUGCCCUCGUCUGCGCUUCGCGAGGCAUGCACACGCGCUCGCAGCUCUUCCUACUCCCCUCGCCUUCAGUUCAAAGCUCUCGAGCUCUGUUUUGGUGUUGCACUCGAUCGUCUCCCUUCGUCGCAGGCCCUGGAUGAACCUCCCAUAUCCAACUCUCUUAUGGCUGCCAUCCGACGCUCUCAAGCGAAUCAAAGGAGGCAUCCCGAAGGCUUCCACUUCCAUCAGCAACAGCAACAGCAACAGCAGCAGCAACACUCUUCGCUUUCGUGUGUCAAAGUUGAGCUUCGACAGUUGAUAUUGUCCAUUCUAGAUGACCCUGUUGUCAGUAGGGUGUUUGCAGAAGCGGGCUUUCGAAACUGCGAUAUCAAGUUAGCAAUUGUUCGCCCGCCUUCGCUACCGCUCAUUCGGUAUCCUCGCCGGUGCCCUCCAAUCUUCUUAUGCAAUUUAACUGGUGGAGAUUCUGAGUCUGGUCGACGGAGUUUCAAUUUUCCGUUUCCUGGUGUCGCUGGGUUUUCUGGGCUUUCGGAUGUUGACGAUAAUUGCAAGAGGAUAGGGGAGAUUCUUGCGAAGAAGAACGCCAGGAAUCCAUUGCUUGUGGGCGUUUGCGCUCAUGACGCAGUUCAAAGUUUCGCCGAAUGCGUACAGAGAGGAAAAACAGGUGUCUUGCCUACUGAGCUAUCUGAUUUGAGCUUCAUUUGUAUCGAGAAGGAGGUUUCAGAGUUUAUUUCAGCCACUAGGAUUGAGGAUUCGUUGGGUUCGAGGUUUGAGGAGUUAGGUCGAUCCGUAGGGAGUUGUUCUGGGUCGGGCGUAAUCUUUAACAUUGGAGACUUGAAAGGUUUCAUUACUGAUAGCUCGGUUGAUGUUGUGAACUAUGUGGUAUCCCAAUUGACGAAGCUGUUGGAGCUUUACCAUGGGCACUUGUGGUUGAUGGCGGAAGCAGCAAGUUAUGAGACAUAUCUGAAGUUCCUAAGAAGGUUCCCUUCUAUAGAAAAAGAUUGGGAUUUGCAAGUUCUGCCAAUCACCUCUCUCAAACCUUCCAUGGGACUCUACUCCCGACCCCACAGCUUGACGGAGUCAUUUGUUCCAUUUGAUGGAUUUUUUUCUGCACCAUCUGAUCCGAAGGGACCAUUAAGCAGCACAUCUGAAUCUGUUUCCCGUUGUCACAUAUGCAAUGAGAAGUAUGAACAAGAACUUUCUACCAUAUUAACAGGGGGAUGCACAGUUUCAGUUGGAGAUCAGUGUCAAUCAAGCUUACCUGCCUGGCCGCAUGCAGCUGAACUGAACCUAAACUGCAGACUGGAUAUCGCAAAGGCCAGAGAUGAUGGAUCGAUAUUGAAUACUAAAGUCUUGAGGCUGCAGAGAAAAUGGAAUGAUAUUUGUCUGAAUCAUCGCCAAAACUGCCGAAACGCUGAAGUGAAUACUUAUCCGGCUGGAUCCCGGAGUCUUCCAACUAUUGUAGGUUUUCCAUUUGGUGUAGAUGGUGAAGAAAGAAUUGACGAUCGCAAUGGAAGCUGUAAAAAUGCUUCCCUAAAUGAAAGCGGAUGUGAAGAUAUUAUUCCUUCCAUGUCUAUGAACUUGGAGAGGGUUCCCACUCCUGAACUGAACAGGUCUAUUUCGGAGGUUCCCAAAAGUGAGAACGAGAAUUUCCUUUCCAGACUACAAGUAACACCUUCUAAGAGCAAAAACCUCGAGGCAGAGGGUAUCUGGUCCCCCCAGUGCACUCCAUCCAGUUCAAACAUGCCAGAUGGUCAUGCAUCACCUUCCUCUGCAACUUCUGUGAGGACGGAUUUGGGGUUGGGAUCACUUUAUGCAUGUACAAAUAAGGAACCAGGGAAACCAACAUGUCUUUCUCUUAAAGAACAUCUGCAGGACUGUUCUGGUUGCUCUCCCACCGAGAUUGAUGUGGUUAACAGCAAUGUUUCAAACCGUCCUGCGCAGGCACCCUCCUACCCUGGUCCUGAUUUGCGGGGCGCAUUUGAUCCAAUAGAUUUCAAGAACCUGUGGAGAGGCCUUAUGGACAAGGUUGGCCGGCAAGAGGAAGCCAUACAUGCUAUUAGUCAAAGUAUAAUCCAGUGCAGAACAGAAGGGGUAAGGUGUCGUGGUGCAAAACAGAAAGGAGAUUUGUGGUUCAAUCUCCUUGGACCUGAUAGGGUUGCAAAAAAGAGAAUUGCCUUGACCCUUGCAGAGGUAAUAUUUGGCAGUAAGAAAAGCCUUAUUUGUGUGGAUCUAAGUUCCCAAGACGGUAGCAACUGUCCAAACAUGAUCCUUGGUUGCCAUGACAUAAGUAGUUAUGAUGUGAAAUUCAGAGGGAAGACUGUUGUUGAUUACAUGGCUGGGGAGUUAAGCAAGAACCCCUUGUCAGUGGUCUUCAUUGAAAAUAUUGAGAAGGCUGAUCCACUGGCCCAAAGUAGCUUGGCCUCCGCUAUUAGGACCGGUAAAUUUUCAGAUUCGCGUGGAAGAGAAACAAGCAUAAACAAUGUGAUCUUUGUUGUAGCCUCAAGAGUAACAAAAGGUAUGGAAACCUUCUUUUCUAGAAAAGAACCUGUUAAUUUCUCUGAGGAGAGAAUUCUAGGAGCUCAACGCAAGCAAUUGCAAAUUUUUAUUGGAGGUGCUCAUAAUGAUUCCGCCAGAAGCAAAUCAAGCAACAAUUCAAAUGUAUUGGUUACUCCUAGAAAAGGAAUCUCUGGUUUGUUUGUGAAUAAGCGGAAGCGUAUUGAUUAUGGUGACCCAGCAGAGCAGCGAGAAACCUUGGAGCCGGCCAAGCGGGCCCACAGGCCAUUAAAUAUAAAUCUAGAUUUGAAUCUGCCUGUUGAAGAGUUGGAGGCAAAUGAUGCAGAUAACAGAAACUAUGACAGUGACACUGUAUCUGAGAACUCAGAGGCUUGGUUGGAAGAAUUUUUUAAUCAAAUGGAUGAAACAGUCAUUUUCAAGCCUUUUGAUUUUGAUGCCCUUGCUGAAAAAAUAUUGAAAGAGAUCAACAAGAGCUUCUGCAAGGCAAUUGGGUGUGAUGGUCUGCUGGAGAUUGAUGCAGAAGCCAUGGAACAGAUGCUUGCAGCAGCAUGGUUAUCAGACAGGUAUGAAGCAUUAGAGGAUUGGGUGAACAAUGUUCUUGGCAGGUGCUUUGCUGAGGCUCGCCAAAGGUAUAGCUUCUUAGUUAGGUCUGUUUUGAAACUUAUUCCUUGUGAGGGCCUUUCAAUGGAAGAGCAAGCACCUGGAAUUUGCCUUCCUGCACAAAUUAUCCUGAAUUGAUGCGAGAUUUUUUUUUUUUGUAGUUUUUAGAUGUAAAAUAACGUAGCUUUUUAAGUAUCUCUUGCUUUGCCUGUUAAUCCCAUUGUUUUGUUGGGGUUUUCCAGGUUGUGUUUGUGUAUUGUAUUUAUCACUAAACUAGAGAAUGUAUGAUUGCUCAUAUUCAAUGUUUUCUC